CCAGCGGCAGCCGGCCCCGAGGACAAGCCGCCGCCGCCGCCAAAGGGGAACCCGUGGACCAAGAAGCUGCCGCAGCACCUGUCCCCCGUGGGCACCGGCGUGCCGCCGCCCGCUCAGGACUCCCCGGAGGCGGAGCUCAGUUCCCCCAAAAUUAUAAAAGCAGGAAAACUCAAGACAAAGAAAUCCAACAAGGCUAGUGACUUCAGUGAUAUGGCAAACUGGCCAACACCAGGUGAAUUGGUUAACACUGGGUCUCAGAGUGUUAUCAGCCAAGGAAAUAAAAAGCCACAAAUUAGAAAAGAAAAAGAAGAGAAGAUUGAAAAAAGAAGCAACAGUGAGAGCAAAGAGAACCGGGAAGCAAAACUAGAUGGUCCUAUUGAGAAUGUCAGUGAGGAUGAGGCUCAAUCAAGCAGCCAGCGGAAGAGAGCUAAUAAGCACAAAUGGGUGCCACUCCACUUAGAUGAUGUGAGACCAGACAGCCAGGAAAGACCUGGGUCCCGGAACAGCUCUAGAUGUCAACCUGAAGCAAAUAAACCAGCACACAGUAAUAGAAAAAGUGAUACACGAAGUUGGAGACGGGAUAGAGAAAAGAGAGAUGAUCAAGAUGAAGUAUCCAGUGUGAGAAGUGAAGGUGGCACCAUCCGAGGUUCCACUAGAGGCCGGGGAAGAGGCCGGGGCCGAGGAAGAGGCCGAGGUCGAGGAAACUCUAGAUUGAACUCUGAUUAUCCAUAUGGUUAUCGAGAGCCAGGGGAAAGGACUGAGCAGCCAUUUCCUACAGAGCUUAACACCAGCAUGAUGUAUUACUAUGAUGAUGGAACAGGUGUACAGGUAUAUCCUGUGGAAGAAACACUGCUUAAAGAGUACAUUAAGCGCCAAAUUGAGUAUUACUUCAGCAUAGAGAACUUGGAAAGGGACUUCUUUCUUCGAAGAAAGAUGGAUGAGCAGGGAUUCCUGCCCAUUUCCCUGAUUGCUGGUUUUCACCGUGUGCAAGCUCUCACCACGAACCUUAAUCUUAUCUUGGAGGCACUUAAGGAUAGCACCGAAGUAGAAAUUGUGGAUGAGAAAAUGAGGAAAAAGAUAGAACCAGAAAAAUGGCCAAUUCCAGGUCCUCCUCCACGAAAUGUGCCACAAACAGACUUCUCUCAGUUGAUUGAUUGUCCGGAGUUCAUACCUGGCCAGGCCUUUGGCUCCCAUACAGUCAGGGUGAUGAUCUACUGAUGCUCUUGGAUGUCAUAUGACCGGAAUAUACAGUGGAGUAGGUGACUCCCUGAAAUACCAUGUAAAUAUGAGAGCAAAUCGUGCUGCAGAAGUGAGAGUGACCAUACUGUCUUCUGUGCAAGAAUGUCUACGCCCACCCCCUUGUGGAGAAGGUUGGGCCAGCCUGCAUUGGAGAAAACCACCUUUACCAUAAUGAUGUGAGACAGACCAGAGGACUGCUGUUACUGUAGGAGCUUCUCCUUUCUAUGUCAUUAGCUUAGGCUGCACGGGCUACUUCAUGGUGGGAAAGUUAAUUGUUAUCAUUGGGGAAAUACUGCAAAUUCUAUCUUUUGUUUCCAGGCAUUUAUACUUUGCCCAGAUCAAUAAAGCAGAAAAAGAGAGGAUUGAGUAGCAUUUCCAAAAUUGUUAGGUCCUUUGCUAUUUGACUUGCUCUUUAAUAUAGUAUACUUUGCAUAACUCACAUGUUGUCAUAUUUCACAUGUACUAUAAGAUGUAUUAAUGUGAAUACUUAAGGGGUAAGACAUUUAAGUUAAAUAAAUAAGGGCAUUUUUCCUUUAUGCUUCAAAA